AUGGCUCCAGGUUUACACCUCGACUUUCACUACGACAUCUCAUGUCCAUACGCUUAUAUUGCGUCCACACUACUACCUGGUCUGCAGCGUCGCCAUCCGACUCUUACGAUCAACUACAGGCCUGUCCUCCUUGGGGCGAUCUAUCGCGCUACUUCAGCUCCACAGGGUGCCGGCGGGUCCGCGUCUGAUGUAUUCAACCCCACUAAACGUGAAGUCUCAGGUGUUGGCUUUGGACGCACAAUUCGCCGCCUGGGCGUGGACUACCAGUCAAAUCCGAAGCAUCCGAUAAAGACAACAAAGGCAUUGCGUUUACUGUAUUGCGUGGAAGGCCAAGAAAGGGUCACUUUGACUGGGAAACUGUAUCAGGCCUACUGGGUUGAACAGAAGGACGUGAGUGAUACAGCCGAAUUGAACGGCUUGGUGAAAGAUUGUAAAAAGUUGGCUCGGGGAACAAAAGAAAAGCUUUUAGACUUACUCGGGAAUGGUGGGUUCGAAGGUGAGAAGCAGAGGAAACAGCUUGAGGAGUCGACGGAUUUGGCGCUGCAGAGGGGUGCUUUUGGUGUUCCUGGCUUCUGGAUACAGGAAGAAGGAAGACUGUAUUGGGGUCAGGACCGGCUGCAUUUCGUGGAGAAAGCAUUGUUUGCGAUGGAAGGUGCAGGUCAAGAACAAGCGCUGGAGGCACUGGUUCCGCGGUAUGUGCCCCAUUACCAAAGGGAGAUACCGCAGGGUGAGGAAGUGAAGCUCCAGUUCUGGUAUGACUUCAGCAGUCCUUGGGCAUUCCUAGGAUGGACACAGCUUGCAAGACUACAGAGAAUUUUUGGUUCAAGAUUGGAGAUCGAGAUGAAGCCAUUUUUGCUAGGUAUUUUGUUCAGAGAGAUCGGCGCUCCAAAUUUGCCCAUGGGAGCUAUAUCUGAAUUUAAGCGUAAGUACGUGGGCCUCGAUCAGGGAGACUGGGUCAAGUGGUGGAACGACAUCAACCGCCAGAAUGGACGCCCAGACAAGAACAUCGACUUCAAAUGGGCGGAUGUCUUUCCCAUUCGUACACCGACGGUAUUGAGAGCCGUUCUCGUUGAGCCAAGACUUGUUGACAUACUCUUCAGAGCAUGCUGGGAACAAAACAAGGAUGUGGCUUCUGAGCAAGUCCUCCAUUCUGUCAUUUCUGAAGCUGGGUAUGACGCCACAAAAAUCAUUUCGGAGGCCAAUAAACCAGCAAUCAAGGAACAAUUGAGGGCUCUGACGAAGGAAGCCAAGGAUACAGGCCUAUGUGGGGUCCCAAGCUACAGGAUAUUUCGAAGGAAGAUUGGACAGGGAGACCAAGCAUGGAGCCUGAGCAGUGAAAUCAUCUGGGGUCAGGACGAACUUGCUGUGGUAGAAGACUUGAUCUCAGGUUGGGACGGUCAGAGCAGUAUCAAAGAUGCUCGGAAAUUUGCUCAGUCUCAAAGAUCAAGCGCCAAGCUGUAA